GACUCUCACGUUGGCGGACAGGGAGAGAGAGGGGCAGCGCCUUUUCCUUCUCAGUGGGGCUUUUGCUCUUUCCUUCUCCAACUAGACCAUCGAACUCUCAUAGCUAAAUCUGCAGAUUUCUGGAGUUCUGUGAAAGAUAACCCACGAAUUCUUUGGCAGAGGCUGCCCGGUGCCUCCAUUUCUGUUUAUUGUGUUCGUUGAGGCAGAGAACCGGACUGAGAGUCGGGCUUUUUCCGGCGAUCUUUUUCAGUUUCUGUUUGGGGAGAUUAGGGUUUUUGAAUUGGGGAAAAUUGGGGAAACCUUGAUUAUGGAUGCCGAUUCAUGGGCCGCUCGCUUCUCUGCAUCCAAGCGUCAUCAAUCGGGCCUCCAAAUCCGUUCUGGUGCGGAUCUUCAAUUGACUUUUGAUGAUUUUGAUGGGGAAGAGGAUCUCCGUGCGGAGUUCCCCUGCCCGUUUUGUUCCGAGGAUUUCGAUAUUGUAGGGCUUUGCUGCCAUAUAGAUGAUGAGCACUCCAUCGAAGCGAAAAAUGCGGUAUGUCCUGUUUGUGGAACUAGGGUUGGGAUGGAUAUGGUCGGACAUAUCACUAUGCAGCACGGGCAUUUCUUUAAGAUGCAGCGCAGAAGAAGAUACAGGAAAGGGUCCCAUUCCACACUCUCUAUAUUAAGUAGGGAGCUUCGAGAAGGGCACCUGCAGUCGCUUUUUGCAGGUUCAUCUUGUCCAGUUGCUUCAUCCAAUACAGCACCUGAUCCUUUGUUGUCAUCAUUCAUUUCCAGUAUGCCUAUCGUUGAUGUCCUAACAAAGGCAAAAUCUGAUUCACCGGCCGAGGGGACUUCUGAUAAGCAAAUCAUAGAUAAGAAAGAGGCAGAAAGGGGAGAACCAGCUUUACCUGAUGAGGAGCAGGAGGAGAGGGCUCGUAGAUGCAGCUUCGUGCAGGAGCUCUUGCUCUCAACGAUUUUUGAGGACACGUUAUGAAAGAAGCUACUAUAUGGUCGCCACUCUCUAUCUCUGGUUAAAGCGUUUCUGCUAGUUCCUUGGAACAUGAUGUCAACCAUCCAUCCUGUUCAAGAGGGAGUAGCGGCUCUUGCUUGCUUCAACUGGAGCGGGAACCCGUCAUCUUCUUCUACAUGGUAAGGAGUGUCCUGGGUUAAUAGUAUUCGAGAACUGUUGAUAAGUAGGGCAGGUAUGUGUAAUAUUUCUAUUUCAGAGACCAGUAGAAAUAGCUUCUCUUGUUUAAAGGGAAACAACUUCUUGUAGUGAAGUACAACGUGCUUCAUAUGCCUGGCCAGUUGCCUUGAUGUGUUUUAUAUCACCUCAACACGGCAUUUUUCACGAAAAGCGUUCGCUGUACAUGAUUGGAAACGUAUUUCUUAUUAAAUAAAUAGAUCAGAUGUUUGUCUCUUAAA